UUGCCAUGGACAUUGAUUUAUGCAGGUUAAGUAUUUUGAGAUGGGGAGAAGCAGAAUGGCUUGCUGAUGACAUGCCUUAAUCUUGCCAUGGACAUUGACAGGCCUGAAUCUGAUGGACAAGACACUUGCAGUUUGGAGCGCUAGGCUUGCCUGCACCAUCUAUAUUGUGGAGACAGCCAGUCCGUCGAAAAUAUCCUGACCGCAUGCACGGAUGUUGUGCGUUCUUGUUCAUGUCCAAUCUCAUCGGUUUGUGCACACUCAACAAGCCAUGACUGAGCAAGAAGCACGCCAAAUAUUAGGUAUCAGUGAAGACGAGAUGGGACGAGAUCAUGAAGGAGAACUUGCAGCACCUCAACUCUCUCCGCACUUGACCAACUGUUUCUUUUAUGUAAGGGAUCCCUCUGCACUUGACCAGAAUGCUAUGAGUAAUAUAUGCACAGGCAGUGUAACUUUUAGAGAAGUCCAUUUGAGAUUGAAGGCAAGGACAAUUAGGAGGAGCACGCCGAGGGUGACGACAAGGGAGAAGAUCCAGCAGCAGCUGUGGCAGUUACUUGUAUGUCAUGUUUAAAUACAGUCCAAGUUUCUACUGCCAAUACUCCUACUUCUACUAUUAACAUUCCUACUACUUCUGAAG